AGCGCUGACUGCGUUGCUCAACGGUUCGGAAACAAAUAAAUAUCCUCCUAUAUUUCUUGUUAACUUCACUCUUCUGUUCUGUUGUUUAAGUUAGUCGCCUCUUUUUACACACACACACAAGAUCCUCUCGAAAUUUGAUCAACUUAAUCUCUAGAAAAGGGGUAAAAAUGUCGGAUCACGUGUCCGAUGUCCAUGGCUCUGCGGAGAUCACCGUAGAGCCCAAUUUGCACCAACGGUUGGUAAUGGUUCCUGAUUCUGAUUUGAGCAAUGUUACUGACGCGAGCUUGAUUGUUCCGUUUGCAGAGGCAGGAAAAUAUUCCCAAGCCCCUAGCGACAAGAAUGAACACUCAUCUUCGGUCACCACUUGUCCCGCGACUGAUGACGAUGGUCGCAUAGCCACUGAAGAUGAAAUGCGCGAUCUCCUCAACGUUGUUGACCGAAUUCCUACGAGGCUUUGGGUAGCCUGUCUCGCCGGUAUCCUCGAGCGCUUCGUAUGGUAUGGGGCAACUGCCCCUCUGCAGAACUACCUUCAAAACGCUUCUGGUGGCGAGGUGCCCGGGGCUCUUGGUUUAGGACAGGCUUCUGCAUCCAACAUCGUGAAUGCGCUCAUCAUCGGGUCUUAUAUCACCCCUGUUCCCGCUGCUGUGGUUGCUGAUAGCUGGCUUGGCCGUUAUAAGACCAUGCUAUACGCUGCUAUUAUCGAAUCAAUUGGGGCGACAAUCCUAUUCGCAACUUCGCUACCUCCCGCCAUUCGCGGAGGAGCUGCUUUGGGUGGCGUUAUCCCUGCUUGUAUACUGCUGGCUGUGGGAUCAGGGGCCUUCAAAACGACAGUGGUUCCAUUUAUUGCCGAUCAAUACGACCAGACCGAGCCUCGAGUUAUCACCAGGAAGACGGGCGAGAAGGUUGUUACCAGCCGAGAGCUUACCAUUACGUAUAUUUACAAUGCAUUCUACUGGGCUGUAAAUAUGGUAGGCUUCUUUGCCGAUUCCACGCCAUUACUAGAGAAAUAUAUUGGUUUCUGGGUCGCCUACUUGGUCCCCUGCUGUUGCAUGUGGCUAGCCCUGAUCCCGAUUCUUCUCAGUCGCAACUACUUUGUGCGAGAAUCUCCAGCAGGUAAUAUUAUGCCUGACGUGGUAUCUGCUCUACGCUACGGCAUAGCCGGAGGUCUUCGAAUGGACGCCGCAAAGCCAGAUGCACAGCUCCAACAUGGACGACAAGUUGCCUGGAACGACUCGUUUAUCAAUGACAUCAAGCGAAGUCUUUUAACAUGCCGAGUGUUGCUCCUUUUCCCCAUUCACUGGCUCUGCUACAACCAAACCUUUAACAAUCUGAUCUCCCAGGCCGGACAAAUGGUCACUUACGGUAUCCCCAAUGACAUGAUAAAAAUUGCCGGAGCCAUUUCGGGUAUUUUUGUCGCACCCGUAAUCCAAAAGGGAUUAUACCCUUUCCUCACGAGGAAGCAAAUCUUAUUUAGCCCGAUCGCACGCAUGACUGUCGGAUUCGCCGUUCUUACUCUGUCUAUGGUCUACACAACAAUCGUCCAGAAGCUUAUCUACCAGACAGGGCCAUGUUAUGACACACCCCUAGCAUGUCCGGAUGCCCUUGAUCGUACCGUGCCUAACCAGCUUUCGGUAUUCCUUCAACUUCCCAUUUACUUUGGAGGCGCGUUAGCAGAAGUUUUCUGUCUGACCACCGGCACCGAAUAUGCGUACAACCAUGCUCCUAAGAGCAUGAAAACGCUGGUUCAAUCUAUCUGGCUCGCCAUGGCCGGCAUUGGGUCGUGCUUGGCGCUGGCGUUUACACCGUUGACCAUGGAUCCUCACUUGGUCACCAUGUACGCCAUCUUGUCCGGGCUAUUAGGCGGGGCCACUCUCCUGUUAUGGGUGCUCUUUCGCAAUGUGGACAGAUUGGACAGCGACAAUGAGUAAUGGGAUGAACGAAAGCCUGGUUCGCUGGUCCGACCUGAGGAAUGAUGCUGUGGAAAAGAUCACCUGGGAUAGAAGUGGUAGAUCG